AUGGCGGCCGCCCGCUCGCCUCACGGCCUCUCUUCUCCCGUCAUCAUCAUCGGAGCCGGAUGCAUCGGCCUCACUACCGCCGUCGCGCUCCUGCGCCGAGGCUUCCCCGUCCUCGUCCUCGCCCACCACCUUCCCUCCGACCCGCUCUCGCCCGACUACUCGUCCACCGCCGCAGGCGCGCACCACCUCUCGUUUGCCGCCAGCGACGACUGGCGACAGCGCUACCUCGACGUCAAGACGUUUGACGUCCUGUGGAGCGAGAGCGACGACCGCGACGAGGGCUUGCACAAGGGCGUCAUGCGUUUGACCCAGACAGAGCUGUACAAGGGCGACCUACACCUGCGCCUCCUCGAAGAGCUGCCCGACUUCCGCAUACACGACGCAGCAACACUUCCUGACGGGAUCGAGCACGCCGUCUCGUUCUCCUCCGUCACGAUCGAGCCAGCUCGCUACCUCGACUACCUGGUCCGCACCGUCACCUCGCUCGGCGGCACCCUUCAGCGGGUUCCUCGACUCGACUCGCUCGCGCAGGCGAGGUCGUACGCCAAGUCGCCGCUCGCCAUCGUCAACUGUACCGGUCUGGGUGCUCGCGAUCUCGCCGAGACGCAGGACAAGACGGUCGUGCCCGUGCGAGGCCAAGUCCUGCGCGUGCGAGCGCCCUGGAUCAAGACGGGCUGGACGCGCCAAGUCGGCGCCCUCGGCGGCGCAGAAGGCGGCGAGCGCACCUACGUCAUCCCACGCGCGAGCGGCGACGUCAUCCUCGGGGGCACGCGCGACGCCGACGACUGGGAGCGCGAGCCACGCCCAGAGACGACGGCCGACAUUGUGCGGCGCGCGCUCGAGAUCUGCCCGGCGCUCGCGCACCCGCCGCAUGCGACCGAGCCGUUCGACGUUGCCGGGCUCGUCGUGAGCGAGGUCGUCGGGUUCCGGCCGACGAGGGCGGACGGGAUCCGGCUCGAGGCCGAGACGGUUCGGCUCGAGGGCGAGGACGUCGGUGCGCAGGGGCAGCGGCAGGGCGAGGAGUUGACGGUCGUGCACAACUAUGGACACGGUGGGUACGGGUGGCAGUGUGCGUGGGGCUGCGCCGAGGAGGCGGCGAGGAUCGUCGGCGAGGAGGUGCGGCGCAAGGGCGUCAAGGGCGGGCCGGCGGUUCUUCUCAAGGCCAAGCUGUAG